UGUUACUGAGAGGAAAUGGAGGAUUGUUUUCCGAGGCUAAUCUUCAUUACCCGUCAGACGUUGGUCGCUUAUGAAAACUGAGGAGAUAUAUAAAAUAAUUUUGACACGUGCCAUUUUCUGGAGAGCAUGCUCGACCUCGCCAGGACUUUGAAAUCACCUAAGAGUGCCACCAUCAUGUCGUCGUUUUACUUUCCCGACGUCGCCAGCGACAUGGGGAACGUCUCUAUGAACUACACUCACAUGGAAUCCGGGUCGGCGGAGAUCUUCGCGGAGUCUCUUUUUCGGAUCCUGACCCUCUCCGCCAUUUUCCUCAUCUCCGUACCGCUCAACAUCAUCGUGCUCGUCAUCGUGUUCCGUCGACGUCGUCACAAGUCGCGGGUGAACAUCCUGGUCAUGCACCUGACGCUCGCCGACCUCUUCGUUGCCCUCAUCAACAUCCCGACGGACGUGGUGUGGUUCUGGACGGUGCGGUGGUUGGCUGGGAAUGCGAUGUGCAAGAUCAUCAUGUUCAUCGAAUCCUUCAACAUGUAUGGAUCAUCGUUCAUACUCAUCGUCAUCAGUCUCGAUCGCUACGCUGCCAUCGUACACCCGCUCAGUAUUCAUCAAGCAGAUAGACGCUGCAAGAUUAUGGUUCGAGCCGCCUGGGCAUGCAGUGCUCUUUGCAGUGUUCCCCAGUUCAUGGUUCAUGAAGUUCUGUCACCGUAUGAGGCUCCGGACUUCACCCAGUGUGUCGACUACCGAUUCGCAUUUGAACAUCAGACUCUUUGGUGGCUUUACCAUAUUUUUGUGACACUUGCCAUGUACGUCGUGCCUCUCAUUACUAUAUUUACCUGCUACACAGCCAUCAUAUACAAGAUUUGCCGGAAAACGAAGCAAGCUCGUCAAUCCGUCAAUAACAAUGAAAGUAGCGUCCUCAGGCGGUCAUGUUCGAGCAGUCUUCCUCGAGCAAGGAUGAAAGCCCUCCGUCUCACGGCUACCAUUGUGACGGCAUUCGUUAUGUGCUGGGGUCCAUAUUACGUCCUAAGCACAUGGUAUCAUUUCGACACGAGAUGGCAAACAGGGGCUGGCCUUCCAAACCCCGACUGGAUGAUCCACAUCAUGAUGGCGCUAGGCUACUCCAAUAUCUGCCUUGAUCCAAUCAUCUACGGUAUAUUUGUGACGCGGUUCAGUCUCUGCCACCGCCGCGGUAAGUCCGCGGUCAUGCACCCGCUCACCACCUACCGCCGAUCCACCCUGAACUCCAAGGUCAUCACAAACGACGGUCAUACGUCCUCCGUGAGAUUCAACCACACGUUGGUUUCAAGCAAGAACAGUUGCAGCGGUACACACGCGGCGAUCGACACGGUCACGCCGCUCGUAGACGGGGACGCCAGAAGGAAUAUAUUCGUGAAUAGGCGCGAGACAUCGACAACGACGUAACGGCGUCGCUACAGAUACGUCUACUAGACGCUUGACUUCUCAAAUCGGACG